AUGCCUUCCGGGACCAGACACCACGAAGUGACCCUUUUCCUUGGCCCAUGUCGGCGCUCGAAUGCCAUCAGUCUCAUAGAUUCUUUCGCAUGCCGUCUGCUUCAGGUGGAUGCCCGGCAGGAGCUGGAGAAGGAGCGACAUGUGGUCAAGCAACUGCAAGCCGAGCUAGAGGAGAAGGAACGAACCGUUGCCGAGCUCCUUUUCGACCUCCGACGAGCCAGGAACGCUUCCGGCGAAGGAGACUGGGCCCAGCGGGAAGAGGAGUACAUGCGGCUGGACCUGCAGUUGCGCAAGCUCGAAGGAGAGUUGGCUUCCUCCCGUCGUGCAGAGCGUGACAUGGCAGACAGGUUGCUUCAAGCCGAGCACGUGGCGAUGGAGUUGCGCUUCGACCGUGAGCAGGUUCACCUCCGCAGCUCUAGGCUGGAAAGUCGGAUACUGGAGUUGGAACUGCUCAACGGCGGGGACUCGCCAAGGCAGCGACAGUCUCCGCUCAAGACCGGUGCAGGUGCAGCAGCGGCCAACCUCCAGAGCCGAAAGGAGCGCAAUCUGGAAAAUGUGAUCGAAGGGCUUGAGCGUGUAGUGAAUCAGCAGAAGGCGGAGAAUCAGCGGUUGAAGGUCGCGCUCGACAGGCGCCCCGACGACCGCCGGGGGCGUGGCCGUGCAGAAGUGGAGCGUUUGAGAAAGCGGAUAGAGGAGCUGGAAUCAGCCCCUCCGCGCACACAGGACAGCGGCAACAUGUCGGCCGAAGGUCCCGUGCUGGAAGCCUACAGACGAGAAGUUGCCGCGAAGGAGGAGGUGAUCCAGAAGCUUCAAGAAAAGCUCCGCGAGGCCUCCGAGGGGCCAGGAACGGAGUCUCCGGAGACGCAGCGAUUGCUUCAGGAGUUGGCCGAGCUGCGCCGUGCAAGAGGCGAAGAUGGACAGGCCCUGGAUGAAGCGCAGCGCGCACUCCAGGAGGCCGAGAUGACAGAGAAGCGCUACUUGGAGGUUGUCCGCGAAAAUCGCAAACUUCGACAGGACCUGUCGGCACUGGAGGAUGAUGGUUUCUGGAAGGAGAUAGAGUCUCUCCAAACUCGCAACCAGGAGGCGGUCGGCCUUGCCAAAGAGAGCCAGGAGGCUGGCGAGACUCUGAGCGACAAGGAGAGGAUUGCGGCUCUUGCCCAGGCCCUGCUGCGUUGCGGCACGGCCGCUGGAGUGGACGUCGCGUCACUGAUGGCCCUCGGCACAGUGUGA